AUGAGGCCGAUAGAUUAUUCUCUUUAUUUGGUCACAGACUCUACUAUGAUUCCUGAAAGCUCGACAUUUUUAAAUCAGGUCGGUGAGGCCAUAAAGAAUGGUGCAACAGUAGUUCAACUUCGUGAAAAGAACCUAGCAACUUCAGAUUUCAUUGAAAGAGCCAAAGAAGUACACAAAUUAACUCAAGCAGCCAAUAUCGCUUUGUUAAUAAACGAUAGAGUUGAUGUUGCUUUAGCUAUUGGUGCUGAGGGAGUCCAUAUAGGUCAGGAUGAUAUGCCAGCAUUAUUGGCCAGAAAGUUGAUGGGUGCAGACAAAAUCAUUGGUGUGACAUGCUCGAACCCUGAGGAAGUAAAAACGGUCGUUAAAGAAGCUACGGCAAACUACGUCGGCCUUGGCACUGUUUAUGCUACGAAUACCAAGAAGGAUGUAGCAACUCCCUCUGGUGUUGGUCCGAUUGGAAUUCGUAAAAUGUUGCGAGUUUUGGAAAAGCACAAUCAGUCGGUGGUUGUUCCUAUUAAAUGUGUCGCUAUUGGAGGUAUUAAUCAGCGUAAUGCUGCCAGAGUGUGUUAUCAGAGCUCAAUUCCAAAUCAACGCUUGGAUGGUGUGGCUGUUGUUUCAUGUAUCAUGGCAAGCGAAUCAGCCGGAAAAGAUACAUCUUCUCUUUUAUCUUCAAUAAAAUCGCCCCUCCCUUGGCAAUUGCUGAUUACUGAAUACUCUUCAAGCCUGUCAAUAGAUGAAAAAAUCAAAUCUUUGAUUUCAAGAAGACCAGUUGUUCACCAUAUUACAAAUAAUGUUGUGAAAAAUUUCAGUGCUAAUGUAACACUAGCUAUUGGCGCUUCACCAGUUAUGUCAGAGUUUUUGAACGAGUUUGAGGAGUUUGCUGCUAACAUUCCAAACGUCUCUUUAUUGAUCAACACCGGGACACCAACACCAGAAAUGAUGAAAAUAUUUAAAAAAGCUUUAGCUGCGUAUAAUGCCCUUGGUCGUCACAUCGUUAUGGAUCCCGUUGCAUGCGGAGCAUCACAGGCCAGGUUGGAAGCCUGUAAGGAGCUUUUAAAUAAUGGUCAACCGACCGUCAUUAAGGGAAAUAUUGGUGAAAUUGCGUCAAUUUUGAAACUAACAAGUACUUAUACAGAAAAGAAACAGGAUGGAUUGCUCAUGCAUGGGGUGGAUUCAGUUGCAAAUAUUCCUGAAAGUACUAUAAUGGAUAUCGGAAAAGAGGUUUCGAGAGAUUUCAAGGUAGUAGUUGUCAUUACUGGACCUAUGAAUUAUAUCAUUAGCGGUGAUAGAAUAGCAAAAGUUGCUGGUGGAAGUGAGUUAAUGGGAUCUAUAACUGGUACUGGAUGUGCCUUGGGUAGCACGAUUGCUGCAUUUUUAGGUGCACGAGCAGACGGGCAGGGCCUGGGAGAAACUUUUGACAUUUUUGAAGCGAUCGUCGGUGCGGUAUACCUCUACAAUAUAUGUGGGAAAAAAGCCUCACUGCAAACUCAUUCUCCUGGUUCUUUCAUGGCAAAGUUUUUGGAUGAACUAUAUUUAACUACGCAUAACUUAGAUUAA